GACGUGCUGUCUUUCGUGGCUAAGGCCACCGGCCAAAAGUACAGAAAUACCUCCGCUAAGCUGCUUAUGAGGUCCUCCAGAAAAUAGCUUGGCACCUUUCUACAUCCCCCAUCCAUCCCUCUUCCCCAUUGGUCCACAGCCCUUACCCUUUCUAAAAUUCACCUCUCCCUUCUGUCCUCCAAACCACUGUACCACUGGACCUAUUUGUGUCUUCUGGAUGAGAAGGACAGACUUUGACAGGAUACGUAGACAAAAUGGCGGUCUUAAAGGUGACGUUCACCAAGACCACUCGGGGCAAGCUAGCCCUGGUGUUGUGGGUCCUCAACUGGAUCUCUGUGUUAACGGGCAUCAUCCUCUUCAGCCUGGGCCUCUUCCUGAAGGUGGAGAUCCAGAAACGGAAGGAGCUGAUGUCCGCUGAUGUCCACUCAGUGCCCAACAUGCUCAUCGCCACGGGCCUGGUGGCCUGUGUCAUCAACUUCCUGGGCGGCAAGAUCUGCUACGAUUGCGUUGACACCACCAAGUUCCUGCGAUGGAAGUUGCUGAUGCUACCGUACAUCGUGUGCACCUUCCUCUUUACCUUCUGCAUCCUGGUGGGUGCGCUCAUGUGCUACAGCAUGAGGAACGAACUGGAGGAGUCACUAUUUCUGGGAUUGCGUAACGCCAUGCUCUACUACAAGGACACAGGCACGCCGGGACGAUGUUAUCUCAAGCGAACAGUGGAUUUGCUGCAAAUCCAAUUCCAGUGUUGCGGAAACGCCGGCUUCCGCGAUUGGUUCCAUGUCCAAUGGAUCAACAACCGCUGGUUGGACAUGACCCACAGUGAAGUAAGAGACCGUCUGAGGAGUAAUGUGGAGGGAAAGUACCUGAUGGACGGAGUGCCUUUUAGCUGCUGUAACACAUUCUCUCCACGACCCUGCAUCCAGACACAGGUCACCAACAACUCCGCCCACUACAACUAUGACUGGAAGACAGAGGAGCGCAACCUGUGGACGAGGGGCUGCCGCCAGGUCCUGCUGGAUCAUUACACCAACAUCAUGCAGUCCAUCGGCUUUAUUGUGCUCAUCAUCUGGUUGUUUGAGCUAUGGGUGCUGACGGGCGUGCGGUAUCUCCAGACAGCUAUGGAGAACCUUCUACGGCAGGGUGACCCCGACCUGGAGUCUGACGGCUGGCUCCUGGAGAACAGCAUUGCACAGACGGCCCGCUCUAACUUCAAAAUCAUCAAGAACCUAGGCAAGUGCUACCAGGUGGACGAUGAUCCUAACAUCGAUGUGCCCAGCACUGCUCAGCAAGAGGUGUCCACUUGCCAGAUCCCUGUGGCUAGAUAGCAUAGCGCAGCGUCCCUGGUCCAGGGCUGAGGCAUGCAAACGGGCAUCAAGUCCCAUUGUCAUUAGGUGUAAGCCUUUUGGAUGGCAGACCUGUCUCCAGAUUAAACGUGCGACAGCUGUGAACUGAGGGAUCAAAAGGUGAAAGUGGCAAGUGUAGCAGAGCACCACAAAGACACACAAACAGGAUCAAGGACAGCCUAUGCAGAGCGUGCUACUAAAGAAUGACCUGCUUUGUCACAUGAUUCUGUAACACCUGCAUCAUCUUAACAGUGUAAGAAUAUGAACUAGCUGCAACUUUGUCAUUGUGCCAUACUUAAGUCAUUAAACUGAAAGGGGAGCAGGGCAAAGUUGAAACGGGGUUGAACUCGUGUACAACCCAGUACUACAACCCCAUAGACAUAAUGGGACAUGGAACAGUCUGAGUGAAAGAUGAUGUCAUAAUGAGCCACAUAUGUCAUGGGCAACAAUUAUGCCAACAAGGCAGUGGAGGCUGCUGACGGGAGGACAGCUCAUAAUAAUGACCGGAAAGGAGCUAAUGGAAUGGUAUCAAACAUGUAUUUGAUGCCAUUCCACCUAUUCCACGCCAGCCAUUACCACGAGCCCGUCCACGCCCAAUUAAGGUGCCACCAACCUCCUGUGCAAGAAAGUGAUGGACAUAAACUGUUUAACAAAUUGUAUAAAGGGAAAUGGAAACAGCAAACUUGAAUUGCCUUCUACAGUUUCUUCAACUCAGUCUCCUGUAUGUAACAUUUUUUGUAUUAUGGGUUACUUAAGCAAUAAGGUCCAAGGGGGUGUGAUAUAUAGCCAAUAUACCAUGGCUAAGUGCUGUUCUUGGGCAUGACGCAACAUGCUAGGAAACAGCCCAUAGCCAUGGGAAUAUUGGACAUAUAUCACAAACCCCCGAGGUGCCUUAUUGCUAUUAUAAACUGGUUACCAACCUAAUUAGA